AUUGGAAUGGUCUAAAGAGGAGAAAUAAGAAGGUAGGGGGAGAGAGGGGGUGCAACAAGAAUGAAGAGAAUGAAGAGGAUGGUAAGGGAAAAGGGCGGAUGGCAAAAAGUAAAACGAGGAUGGUAAAAAAAGUUACACUGUAGUGAUCUCUUACAUGUCAUCGUCACUUGAGGCUUCUUCCUUCAUAACCAACCUCCUCCCUGUCCUUGCUCAAAGGGGCACAACGGUCAAAUUCCUCAGAAAAGCGCAGGAGCUUCAUGGCCUCAUUCUCACCUCCACUCCCACGGCUUCCAAAUCUCCGUAUGCAUUCAACAACAUCCUUUCCAUGUAUGUGAGAUGCGGAUCGCUUUCGGAUGCUAGAAAGGUGUUUGAUUGUAUGCCACAAAGAAACGUAGUCACAUAUAACGCCCUGGUGUCUGCACAUUCUUCUAGUCCUCGUCUGGGUGUCUUCUGUUUCCAACUAUUGACACGGAUGCAAGAGGAGAGACUCACCCCCAAUGCCUCAACCUUUACGAGCCUAUUAAAGGCAUCAUCUACCAUAAAAAACUGGAUUCUGGGUUGCAUGAUACACGCCCAGUGUUUGAAGUUUAAUUACCUGAUGAAUGUUCAUGUCCAGACAUCUCUGCUGGGGAUGUACUCGAACUGUGGCGAUUUGGUCCAUGCAAACAAAGUCUUUAGCUAUAUGGUUCAAGCAGAUUCAUUUGCUUGGGAUUCUUUAAUUUUCGGGCACAUUGGAAAUGGUGAUAUCAUAGAAUGUUUCCAACUUUUCAAAACCAUGCUGAGAACUGCAGUUAUUCCCACACAUUUUACCUUCUCUAUGUUAUUGAAUGCAUGUAGCAGGUUGAGAGAUUAUCGCACAGGGAAACUUCUUCAUGCUCAGUUGAUCCUAUCUGGGGUAUGUGCUGAUCUACCUUUACACAAUGCUCUUCUUGAUAUGUAUUGUAAUUGUGGUGACGUGAUAACAGCAUUGGAUGUUUUUAAAAAGAUUGACAAUCCAGAUUCAGUGUCUUGGAACUCAAUGAUAUCUGGAUAUGCAGAGAACAGAGACGGAGAGAGUGCAAUGAGAAUGUUUGUCCAGUUUGCACAAAGAUCUCUAAGCCCACCGGAUGGAUAUACUUUUGCAUCUAUUAUUUCUGCCACAUGUGCAUUUCAGGCGGAGUAUUAUGGGAAACCCCUUCAUGCCCAAGUUGAGAAGGCAGGACUUGGGAGUAAUGUCUAUAUUGUGAGCACAUUGUUAACCUUGUACUUUAACAACAAUGAAGCUGAUUCAGCACAAAAGAUAUUCUCUUCAGUUUCAGAGAAAGAUAUAGUUCUCUGGACUGACAUGAUAGUUGGCCAUUGUAGAAUCGGUGACACCGAUGGAUCUCUCAGAUUAUUCCAUGGAAUGUUCCAGAACGGUCUAGAGAUUGAUAAAUUCACUCUUAGCGCAAUUCUCAACACUUGUGCGGAAGGAGCAACUCUUAGACAAGGAGAGAUGGUGCAUUGCCUUGUGAUGAAGAAAGGGUGUGGUUCUGAAAUGAGUAUUUGUGGGAAUCUUGUGGAUAUGUAUGCCAAAAAUGGAGACCUCAAAUCUUCAAAAGUUGUGUUUUCACUUACAAAUAAACCAGAUUUAAAAUGUUGGAAUGCAAUGUUGGGAGGGUAUGGAUAUCAUGGGCAGCCUGAACAUGCAUUCGGGACUUUCAAUGAGAUUAUAAACAAUGGUCUAGAACCAGAUGAGGUAACAUUUUUGUCUUUGCUCACCUCUUGUAGCCAUUGUGGUUUGUUCAUCAAGGCGAAGCACUUAUGGAACUGCAUGAAAGAAAAAGGGAUAAAACCGGGACCCAAACACUACUCCUGCAUGAUUGCAUUGUUGAGUCGGGCGGGGUUGCUAGAGGAGGCAGAAGAGUUCAUUAUUGAAGAACUUCCGGUUGGUGAUUAUCAUCAUCUUAAAGCAUGGAGGAUUCUUCUGAGCUAUUGUGUUCGCUAUGGAGAUUUAAUAGUAGGGAUUCGGGCAUCCAGACAUGUGUUGGAUUUGGAUGCUACGGACAGUGCAACAAACAUAUUAGUUUCAAAUUUUUAUGCUGCUGUGGGAAGAUGGGACGGUGUCAGAGAGAUGAGGAGAAAGAUAAAAGAGACGGUGAUUGAGAAAGAUCCGGGUUUUAGUUGGUUAGAGGGAAUGAAGAACAAGACAUGUGUAUUUUCUUCUUUAGAUCUGUCGCACCCACAGAGUGGAAUAAUGGAAGCUAUGUUGCACGGGUUGCUGGAAACAAUGACACAUUCAGAAGUUGGUGAAUUUGACCUUACAGGUUCUUAAGAAAGAGCUUAAUUUAAUUUUUUCUCAUUCAACUACCAUGUGGUGUGUGCAUGUUUCAUUCAUUAGAUAUAGAUGUACUGUGACAUAUGGCAUGUUUGGUUAAACUUAUUUGGCUGAAAUAAUUGAGUCUUUUAGUUUUCUGAAAGUAAAAGACCUGCUUAAAGCGGUUUCAGCCAAAUAAGCAAGUCACAUGUUACUUUUUCUUAAUAUUAUUAUUUGCUGAUUAUGCUAAUAAUCAGAAGAAGCCAAUACAUGCUACCAAACAGGGCAAUAAUCAGUUGGACAGCAAUGGCACCUUCAAAAGCUCAUGAUUUUAAAAUGCAAAAGAAAAAAUGAUAGAGGCCAAUGGGUUAUUGGCAUUUUGACGUCACUGCCAACUGAGGCCCUCUACCGUGGACUACAUUGUACAGUGAGAAGAGGUUUUGACUAAUGGGGAUAGUAUCUCAAAGUUUUUGAGAUUCAGAGUUGCAUGCGCCUUGAUCCCAACUGUUCCGGUAUCUUUCUUAUUCUGCUCCCCAUUUUCUCCUAUUGACUAUUGUUUCUUUUGUUUUUGUUUUUUAUAUUUUUUUAGGCUAAUGCAAUGAAUAUAAGGAUAGAAUGAUUUUUAUUAUUAAUAAUAAUAGAAAAACUAUGCUUUAAUGAUACCAACUAUCAUGCAUCAACCAAUAGUAAUGCAUAUAACAGAAGUAACCAUUUAAUAACUAACUACUUAAAUACUACGUAUAUAUGUAGUAACAAAAAGUAUAUGAAGCCACAUUUUGACUACAAUUUCGAUUUGAGUUAUUAUAUUAUUAGUUAAAAUGUUACUCCCUCGGUCCAAUUUUACAUGUUCUACUUUACUUUUUGGGUUGUCCCAAAGUAAGUAUGACAUUUCCCUGAAAAUAAAUAUGUGGUCUACAACAUUUCACUUUGUUAUACUCAAAUCUCAACCAUAACUUUAAAUUAUUCAAUCACUUUAUUAAAAAUUGUGCCAAGCCAAAGUAGGACACAUAAAAUGGGACAGAGGUAGUAUUAUUGGUUAAAAAAUGGAUUAACAAGCUUUCUAUAUAUAAAACUUUGAAAAGAUAUAUACAUUUGAAUUUGUAGUACCAGUGUUAUUUAUUAUUAUUAUUAUUGACAGGUGAACAAGUUAGUAGUUCUAUUAUUUAAAGUUAGGGAAAACUGUCGAAUGAGUCCAUCUACUUUUAUAAAAAAGUCAAUUAAGUCCAACGUACUUUAAAAUGAAUCAAUUUGGUCCACACAGAGUUAAAAAAUAGUCAAAUCAGCAUUUUAACCAAUUAUCAACCGGUAAACCGGUUGCAUAGCUACGUGGAUGUCCGCUUGGAUUUUUUUACUGUUCUCUAUUUUUUUUUUCCUUUUUCACUUUCUCUUCCUUUCUUCUUUUUUAUUUUCCUUUUACGUUCUUCUUCAUUCUCCCUGCUAGAGAAUGAAUCUCGUUUUCUUUGCUUAGUUCAAGCCUCCACUGCCAACCCUCUGACCAUUUCCCUUUGCACUGUCCUUACCCAAUUUCCGCUACCCUUAUAUACUCCGUAUAUCCAUAUCCACCGCCCCCAUAGAAACCGCCGUCACCCUCUUUCUCCUCUCGCACCACCGUGAGAAGCUGAUGCCGGAGUUCCACCGUAGCUACUCAAAGAUGUUAGAUGCUCGGGAGUCUGGAGAAAGAAGUCGCCACUUUCAAUUUCUUUUCCCAUUCACUCUACGCCGUCAAUUCUGCCCCGAUGAAGCUUGGACGGUUGGACCAGACGCGCCGAGGCUCAUCGAAAAAUAGGUCUGAUGUAGUGACAUAUUGUUCAAUAUUUAUCAACACGAUCCUCAGGUUAGUGGCUAAGAUCCGAUCUAGUCUCGGAGCAAAACGGUCUGAACUUGAAGGGGGGAAAUGAGUACGGCUACCGGAAAUGAGUGGUGGCAAUGAAGGCCGCGCGGCGUUGGUCGUUCCAAUGGGAGGAGGCGCAGGCGGCAAAAAUGGAGUGAUUGGAAGAAAGUGGCAGAAGGUUCAGUGCAAGCAUGAAAGAAAGAAGCGGACGAGAGCAGGGGAGAGUGGACAAGGAAGAAGGAAGGAAGAAGAGAGAAAGAGAAAAGGGGGAGGGAGAAAAAGAAGAGAGAAAAAAAAGGGAAAAAAAGAAAAAAAAUAGAAAAUUAUAAAAAAUGCCAGCUAGUACAUCCACGUAGGCAGUUGACUGGGUAACCGGUUGGUUACCCGUUAAAUAGCUAAUUUGGUUGUUUUUUGAGACUUUGCGAACCUAAUUGAUUCGAUAAAAAGUAUUUGGACUCAAUUGACUUUUUACUAAAUGUACGUGUACCUAUUUGACAUUUUUCCUUUAAAGUUAUGUUUCUUUAAUAAAGUAUUUAAACGUUUAUAUUCAGUAGACAUCUAGAAAUGUUGUUUUUUAAUACGUGACUUGAACUAUAAUGUCCGAAGUCUAAAAGAUUAUAUUGCGUCUAGUACUUGACAAACUAAAAAUUAUUUCACAAUUUCUACAGAAAAGUCUUAACUUGUAAACUUAUAUUGACUAACAAUAUGGUCAGAAAAGUGUGUCCCGUUCAAGGUUCACAUUAAACCGAUGACACACUUUUUAGUUAAUAAUUAAAUAAGGUAAUUUGAAUAUAGUUUCAGCAUAAAUUUGACGGGUGUAUAAUAUAAUAGGUAAUUGAUGAUAAUCGUGUUGUUUGGGUUGUAAUAAUUUCAAUACCGUACUAUAUGAUUUUAAUAUGUGAAGAUAAAUACUUUGUAUGUCACUUAGGGUGUGUUUGGGAGUUGGGUUUUGGAGGGGGAAGGUUAAUGAGGGUUUAUGAUCCUUCUUUUCAUGUUUGGGAGUUCAAAAAAUCGGAGGGGAUGAUUUUGGAGGGCUUUUGUAACCCUUUAAAACCCUUCAAAUGCCUAAUUUUUAAUUUCCCUCAAUUUGGAUGGUUUUGGAGGGUAAUUAACAAAAUGACAAUUUAAGCUAAAUUAAAAAUGAAUAUCAGCUCAAUGAUUUGAAUUCGUCAUAUCUCAAAGUGAUUUUAAUUAUAAUUUCAUCAAAAACCUUCCCCCUUUCAAUUUUGUUACUCCCAAAUACAAAGAAGAGCUUCCUCAUCCUCCCCUCCCUUUCCCCUCCAACAACAUACCUCCAAAGCUCUCCCCUCCCCUUCCCUCCAAACUCUCAAACAUACCCUUAGACGUCGGGAUUAGAAAACUUGGAAGUGUUGCAGUCAUUUGGCAUUCCUGCACCAAGUUCCCCACUAAAAACGGAGUGUGAAUGGUUCAGAUUCACUAGCAAACAACAUGAUCAUGUUAUCGAGAGGUCGUACGAAAGAUUAGCGUCCGGGACCUAAGGGUGUCCUGGGUCGGAGCGUGAAGAAGAACCAUCCUAGUAAGUGGGAUAAAAACAUCCAGAAUUGGAAGUGAGCCAGAGGGCCAAUUUACCUAUCACGGCUCAAGAAUAUCCUCACGAAUAAUAGUUUACAUUCAACAUUAUUAUGGGCUUCAGUAAUGAUUUGGUUUAAUGCAAAUAUGCAAUCAUUUUGAUUGUUUGUAGUUCUCAAAAGUGAUGGAUAUUUUGUUGGAUCCCUCCCCUCAAUGCGUCUAGUAGUGCAAUAAUGCAGGCUUCUGGUUCUUUUAAAAAAUGUGACUUUGUUUUAUGUUUUGAAACUCUGAACAAAUGUAUUACUCAUGAAAGAAUGUACUUGGAAACUAAAUAAAUUAGUCAUAUUGAUUUCAUAAAUAUAAAUAAUGAAGGGUAAUACUUUUGGG